AUGGGGCUGAGCCCGGGGCUCCUGCUUAUCGGCGGCUCCUUCGCGGCGUUCCGGCUGCUGAACCGCGGGCUGGAGCGGCUGGUGCCUCCGCCGCGCCCCGCGCUCCGCAACCGCUGGAAGUGGCGAAACAUCUGGACCUCGUUCGCGCACAGCCUGCUGAGCGGCGCCGGGGCGCUGCUGGGGUUUUAUCUCCACCCGCAGAUGGCAGAGGACCUGAUCGGAACUCAUUCCCCAGCUGCACACAGCAUAGUCUCAGUAUCUAUAGGAUAUUUUCUCCAAGAUUUUGUGGAUAUGUUGUGUAAUCAGAAGCUUCACCAGUCCUGGGAGCUGCUUUUCCAUCACUCGGUGGUGAUUAUCUGCUUUAGCUUGACAGUGCUGGUUCAUCAAUAUAUUGGAUUCGCUCUUGUGGCUUUGCUUGUAGAGAUUAACUCCAUCUUCCUGCACCUGCGACAGAUUCUGCUAAUGGCCAACCUGAUGCACACCACCUGUUACCGCCUCAACAGCAUCAUAAAUCUGGGUACCUACGUAGUGUUUCGCAUCACCACACUGGCCUGGAUGACACGCUGGCUGGUCCUAAACCGUGAGAACAUACCGCUGGCAACAUAUACUGUGGGCACAGUGGGCAUGGCCAUCAUGACACCCAUGAACAUCAUCCUCUUCUACCGCUUACUGCGCAGUGACUUCCUCAAGUCCAGCCGGGAGGCGUGGCGGGAGAAGGAGAAAUAGUCCUGCCCCCAUUGCCCUGCAGGCUGUCCAGGAAAUCAGCAGCCCAGGGGUCAGACAGGAGGGACUGCAGCCAGCGGAGAGUAAGCACUGAUGUGGACAGGAGUGCGUCAGUAUCUUGUUUGAAGGAAUGGAGGACACUUACAGUCCUCUCAAGAUGAGAUUCCUGGGCUUUCCUGGGGGUUGCAGUUGCUUUAUAACACCACCUGACAGCUGUGGGGAGACCGAGUGGACAUGGCAGGGAAGGAAGGCCUUUUCAGGCCAGAAUUCAGGGCUUUGUUUCCCCCCUGCACCCUCUGCUGGGAUGAUCGGUUGACAGGUGGCUGCUUGAGGGAGCUCUGAAGAGGAUUCUGCAGCAGUAUGGGGCCGUGGCCUAGAUGAGGAGAGGGUUGUCCUUCCCACAGUACUGAGGUGUGAACUUAGAAAAUUAUCUCAGGUUUUUGAAACACCUCUCUCUGCGCAGCUGGUCUGGAAAUCCUCAGGGUCCUCCAGGUACCUGCAUGGUCUAUGUCACCAUAAUUCAUAACAGUUAAAAGUAUCAAAACAAUUUCUCCCAAGCCCCACCCUGUGUGUGAAAUCUCACUGAGGGAGUGCUAAGCUGAAUGUCUACAAUUUGCAUUUGGCUCCUAACCUGUGAGGGUUGUGGUCUCCUCUCUUGCAGGCCUGAGUGGCACAGUCCAAUUCCAGCCCUUGUGAUAGUUCUCUUCUGCACUUAUGAGCCCCCUCUUAGGGACUGACAGAUUAAUUGUCCCAGAGGAACAUAGUUGUGAUGGAAGGUCGUGGUAAUGGGGUGAGACAUGAACUCUUGGGUGGGUUGAGCCAAUCCAUGGGGACGUUGACUAUCAGGACAGAAAGUUUUAAUUGGACGCUUUUCGGAAGGGAACUAGUGCAGAGCAAAGGGGUGAGGUUGUGAGAGCUCUAUCAGGAUUUGCAGUUUCAUUCAUAGAUGUAAUAAGUUUCAAUAAUUGAGUCUGAAUCAUUGACCUGGUCUGUGUCUAAGAGGAUGGUGUGGAAUCUUCUGACCAGCUGCAGAGGGGAAGUGGAUGUCUUGCAGAUGUGGCUUUUUUGGGCAUCUAAAAGGAGUAAAGAGUCCAGCAGGCUCUGGAGGCUGUGAACCCACUUAACAAUCUGUGGGCAGAUGUCUGCGCCCUUCUGGGCUCCUGUCUUGGAGCAGCCUUUGCCAUGAGGACAAAGACAGGAGGAAAGUGAGCAAAAGAAGUGAUUUGGACUUCUUGAACCUCAGAGAAAAGUUGGUUUGGUAUGGACUCCAUACUGUGGAGUUGUCAUGAUCCCCUCCCAGCCCUAGCAUUCUGCCCCACAUGCUCCUACCACGCUUGCUUUGACUGAGUUUGAGUUGUGGGGGAAGGGAGGGAGGUGGAGUCUGGCAGGACUCUAAAGUUUUUCCUGUUUAAGUUUUUAAACCCUUUUUACAUCUUUGUUCAUCAGACUCUUAGGUGACACAGCAGCCCUCUGGUCAGCCUCCCAGACCCCAGUAAAAUCUUGUCUGGGCUAGAUGUCCCCUGGGGCAGAACUCCACUCCCCCUGGGUUCCAAGUGUGGCAGUGGUUUUCUGUCUCUGUAGUUUUCUGACCAAGCUCCUGUAUAAAAGGGGGAGUUCUCCAGCCCAGGCUCAUGAGUACCAGCUCUGAGAAAUCUGUUAGGCUCAGCAGCAGUCCUGGUUUGGAUGGGCUCACGACCAUUCUCCUUUCAGUUGAAAUCCCUUGUUUGAUUUUGAUGCUGCAGGGGGACAGUCUGAAACAACUGGCUAAGAAAUGCUGAGACUGAGAUGCCCAUCAUCUAGAAAGGCGUGUGGAAUUUCAGCAGGUUAAAAGGCAGCAAAUUCUGGGGAAUCCAGGUAUAUUCCUCUCCAUGGUGGGGAGAAGACAAACUGUGUGGGAGCAGCCAGCAGUUGGGAGCUGGCGUGUGGCCAGACCUGCAUAUGUUUCCAUUUGUUCUGCAGGCUGGAAAGUGCAGCAAAGCCUUCAGGCAAGAAUCUGGAGUUUAGGGUUUUGGUUUGUCACCAGUAGGAAAACUGCUCAGCAGAUAGUCUUACCCCACUGGGCAUGUGAGCCUGUGGCACUUGGUGUCACCAUAAAAGUCCUAUGUUGUGUCCAGUUCCCAUUUACAGCACCCCUAGCAGAGAUGGCAGCCGGCCCUUUCUCCUUGGCUUAGCCCUGUCUGUGUCCAGUUCUGUACAGCAAGCGAACUGUGCUCUAGCUGCUAAGUGAUUGAGUUGAAUUACCAUAGCACCCAGGAGCCCCAGUCGUGGAGCAGGACCCCACCGUGCUAGGUGCUGUGCAAACACAGAACAAAAAGAGGUGCUUACCCCAGAGAGGUUCCAAUCUAAGUACCAGCGAAGACUGAGUUAGCCUUUGCGUUCUGUCCGAGCGUGCUGCUCAGAUGCAGAGCCACAGUUUAGAUGGGCCUACAGCCUGCAUUUAGUUCUGUUCUAAACUGUAUUUUGUUGUCCUUCAGGGCAGCAUGCUGCCUCUUCUGUCCUCCAGUCUGACUUCCCCACUUCACUGCACUGAAACUCCUCUCCCAAAUCCUUCAUGACGACACCUCAGGCCAGUGGCCUGACACAGAUGAUCGUUCCUUCCUGGGCAUCUGCUGAUGAGUGCUCUUCUGAGUGAUCCUUCAUCAUGUCCUCCCCUUCCCCUAUGGCAGAGCUGCUCAGAGGUUUUUGCUUGCCCUGUAACCUGGCUUCCUGUAUUUCCAAGUGUCAUCACCGCUCAUCUCCUGCUUACAUAGCUGCUCUCCUUCCUCACCCCCCACCACCGCUGUGCCCUUUUAACUAAUCUAACCACUCUCUUUCUCUCCAUCGCUUUCCCCAACCAUGGGUUGAAUUGGGCCAGUUCAUCAAGCUGGUGUGGUGUUUGUGAAUAUGAACUGAACGUAGUGAUGUCUGAGUCUGCAGACAGUCUGGAAAAGCACGUCAGAGAGGUGUGAACUGCCUUCUUUUUUUGGUGCAGUUUUAGCUCUAAAACUGAGCAAUAAUUUAAAUGCCAAAAGUAACUAUUUAAUUUCUGAUCAGCACAUGUAAGAAAGGAGGAGGACUGUCACAGUAUGAAGAUCUGUACAAUCUGUUAUGAGUGAUAGCUUAUCUUGGUUUCACAUGAGGGAGCUUGGGAUGUCCCUAGAGCUGAGGAGACUGCAACCCCUUGUUUUUUGUAUCUGAUCCCUGGAGCCACCAAGCUGUAAAGCAGUACUGAGCCCAGCAGAGCAUGUAUAAUCACUUCCAAUGUCUGUGCAGUCUGGGAGUGAUCUCAGUUUGGUCCCCAAGUGAGUGACACUUGGAAGGAAAGAAUGAAACUCUUCUCCAAUUCAGCCCUUGCUCCUGACUGUGCCUUUCAUACUAUCUCACAUGCCUGCCUUCAGUCCUUACAAUCCUGUUAUGUGACGCAUUCUACCCACUUAUUAGUCUUUCUAUAGUCAUUUGUUCUGUAUUCUCCCAAUCUCUGGAGAAUGUAAUUUUGUUGAGUCGGAUACUUGUUUGUUACCUCCCUUUAAUCAUGUGGCAUUGUUUACUCACAACAUUCUGUGCUCUGGCUAGAUCCCUGUAUAGACUAAAGGGAUCCCAACAUCUCCCCUGGCAGAGCACCCAGGAUUUCUCUAGGGUACCUCAAAUGUAGGGACACAUGGAAUCAGGAAGUCUCUGUGACCCUCUGAUGGACACUGGGGAAACCAGCUACUGUGAUAUUUUGAGAGAUUCAUCUAAUAAGUACGCACAGAUCACCUACAAUGGGAAUGCUAAGGAGUGGGCGAUGUGAUGGAUUUUCAGGUUGGUAUGUGGCCAGUUGCUCUGAUGCUGACUCUGAUGCUGUUCGGUCCUGCUCCAAGUUGACAGUCCCGGGAUGAAGAGCUACAGGGAUGGGGACUCCUGGUCCCAGUGAGAAGGAUAACAGUGCACUGGACCUGUAAGAACCAGGUUCGGGAUUGUGAUGAUUCCAGCUCUGGAGGGAGAGUAGGGGCCAACCUUGCUUUCACUGCCUCAUCCCUUCUGAUUCAUUGAGAAACACUGGCUUCACACGUGCUUCCAAGGUUCCUCUGUUGUACUAUAUAUUAAAGACUGACGUCCUGAUCUGGUGAGAUGCUGAAUGACCUGAAUUCCCAUUCCCUUGAGCACCUCCCUAAUGUGCUCAGCACCUUGUGUGCUGAGGACCUGCUGCUAAGAAGGUCGUCUCAGUGUUUUGUGAGCUUAAGAAAUAUUAAGCUUAUUUGUCUUUUGUAACAGGCCAUGGGUGUGGCAAG